UAGCAACCACGAUCGGGGCCUGCAGGCUGUACGCGUGGAAGGUUAAACGUCCUCCACCUGCCGCCAGCCAACUGUCAGCAAACAAUGGCCCAUCUGCAUAUACUUCGACGAAAGCCCUCCCAUGUUGCCCCAAAGCUGCCUUUUAAAGCCCCCCUUUUCAUAAUCUCCUUGUUCAACAAUAUCGGCAGCCUCGUGUACGCGUGCGGCAGUAGGAGCAGCUUUGAGGGGCCCAGGGACUCGUCCGGCCGGCAUCUGAACCUUCUAAUCUCGACAGUAACGUUAUACACUGACACUGUGACCGAGACCCACCACGGCUCGACACUCAAAUGACACUGAAACGGCGCCGCAGAUCUGACUCCCCAGCACUAAAAUCGGGUAGCUUGUCAAUAAAAGUGGCACAAUCGUGCUCUGCCUGCUCUUGACAGAGAUGGCACUAGUUGAAGACAUGGAGUGUGGCGUGUGUUACCUGCCCUACUCACGCUCAGGACGAGAGCCCCGUCUCUUGCACUGUGGACACACUUUUUGCACUCCCUGCCUCUGCUGUGUGUCCCAAGAGCGGAAAGGAGCCCUUGCCCUUACUUGCCCCCUCUGUCGCCGAGUGACCUGCAUUGGACAAGAAUUGGCAUUACAGGAGGCCCUGUGGGUUGAUACGGAAGUGUGGAAUCAGAUCCCCGAAAUGGAGGUGGAGGAAGAGGAGGAGGAGGAGGAGGAAGGAAAAGAAAUUACAACAGAAGUGCUAACAGAAGGCACAUCUGAAUGUAACUCUGUAGCUGUUCGGCCAAAGUUGAAAAUUCCAUCAUUCUUGAAGAAACUCUGGUUUAGACGAAGCAGACGAAAUAGCAGAGAAGCUACAGUGAGAUGAUCAGAAUGUCUUGUCAGUGAAUGGAUCUAUAGUUUGAAGAUGGACCAACACUCACUGCCUGUUCAAAUAGGAGAGAAAAGCAGACAUUAGCUAUAAUGUAUGUGUAAUGAUGCCCCUUAUAGGAUCCCAGGAGCAUUUCCCAGCAUCAGUAGUGUUCUGUCCUGUAGUCACAAUCUCCAGACAGCUGCCAUCUUCCUAACUCAAAGUUGUUUCAUGUCUGCUUAUUGUGACUCUUCUGCACCAAUCCCAUGAUCCUGAGGAGCAGAGAAUUGAAACUGAACAUUUAGCAGCAAAGUGGACACAUGUUUGCCAUCAUAGAGGAAGACUGGACACCAGAGCCUCCUUCCAUUAAACUCCAGACAAGGCAAAGCUUCAGUUGGGUAAUUUAUGAAACCAUCAGGCAGCAUUUUAAAGUUUUAUUAUUUAUUUGGAUUUAUAUUUUAUUAAGCGAACUGUCAUUUUUUUAAUAAGAAGAAAUUAAUCCUUAAUAUUAUAACAAGACUGUGGAUGUUUCAAGUAAUGUGGAUGAAUGGAUGGCUAUAAGGUCAUCUAUCAAACAUUGUGUGUCUGCACUGGGUGUUUAAAUGUGAUCCUUCAAACCAGUGUGUGUGUGUGUGUGUGAAUAUACUGUACAUCUGUACGUGCUUAAUGGAGCUCAUUUGGAACCCGAGAUCCUUUACUAUGAUGGAUAUUUUGAAAUUGUAUUAACAUUAAACCAGCUGGAUUCCUCUUCAUUUUUUUAUAUAGUGCCUUUCAUAGUGAGCCAUGUCAUGGUAAUAUUUAAAGCAGUUUCAAAUAAAAACAUUCAUGAUAUUUAAGAACUUCCUCUAUAUUUCCUCACUUGAUCUUUUCAUAUAGCAUCUUUCACUAUUCAUAAAGCACUUUGCUCGUACUAAAUUAUAAUUAUCUUAAGAGGACUGUUACUACAGUACAUUUAAACCACUCCCAUAUACACUGGCUACAUUCACUAUAAAGUAUUCUUGCCCAAACCCUCUCAGUUCUUUCUUUCUUUUUAAAUUGUGAGAGAUGUCUUGAC